UGGAGACAUGCCCGGAGGCCGGAAACGCCCAGCACCAGCCCCGUUCGCCGGCUUCUCCACCUUCGCCCGCUCCCUCCUCUUCUCCCCCGCCUCCGGCUUCUCCAGACUGCCUCUCCCCGCCGCCCCCGCCGCCAAACCCCAACAAGAGACCACCGGCAUGCCGUCGCCGCCGUCGUCCAAGCGCGCGAAGCUGGCCGAGCUCCCCAGCGACGACGAGGAGUUCCCGAGCAGCGACGGUGAAAGCGACACCGAAAGCUCGCGCAGCGACGGCGAUAGCUCCAGCAGCGACGGCGACGACGCGUCUCAGGAGAUGGAGACGGUGCAGGCGGACUUCGCCUUCUUCGACCCCAAGCCCAGCGACUUCCACGGCGUCAGGCUGCUGCUCAAGACCUACCUCGACUCCAAGCCCUGGGACCUCACCGGCUUCGUCGACCUCAUCCUGGAGCAGACCACCGUGGGCACCGUCGUCAAGAUGGCCGAAGACGAGGAGGACGGCGAGGAGGGCGAAGCAAAUGGGGGCGACAACGACGAUCUGUUCGGUCUCAUUACCGUGCUUAAUCUUGGAAGAUAUGGUGAGAACCGCUGCAUCAAGGAUCUCAAGGACUAUCUGCUUGGCGUCUGCGGCGACAAGGAUACCAAGAAGAAGCUCAGGGCACUGCUGGAACAGAAAGCGGCUACUGUCGGGCUCCUGGUGUGCCGGCGCUUUGUGAAUUUCCCGUAUGAGAUGGUGCCUAAGAUGUAUGAUUCGCUCUUCGACGAGGUUUCUUGGGCGACAGAAGAUGAGCCAACACAAGAACUCCAGGACUCGUUCCGGUUCAAGCAGUACCUCUUAGUUGUCAGAAUCUUUGAGAGAAAAACUCCUCCAAAGCAGAAAUCAAAGGGCAACAAGGAUUUCGACGAACCUGUUAUCUAUUCGAAGUUGGAGGAUGAAAUUUUCCGUGAGCUUAGUUUGUGGUCUUUCACUUUCCCAAUCCGUGCUGAACAGUCGGCUCAGCAGGAGCUGAAGAAUUACAGGGAGAUGGGCUUGGUGAUGUGUGUUAAGGCUGAAGUGAUUCCCAAGUUCCGCAAGAAGCUGGAGGCUUUGGUAUCUGAAUAGCAGGUCCAUUUGCUGAUAGGAGAAUGGGGGCCAAGGUGGAAUUUUCCUGAGAACCAUCCAAUUUUUUCCCGUGUUGUUGACUGUGCCAUUAAGGUGCAAAUGUAAGGACUCGUGUAUGAACCAGUCCAUCCUUUCAUGUACUGCUGUAAGGCAUUCAUGGAGGAGGGUAGGGUUUCUCCUGUUGCAUGAAGACAUGAUUUUUCUGUUCCGUACUAUGACCAGCCUAAGAAGACUGUUAUCCCAUAUUA